AUGUCCUUGGUUUUUUUCAGACUGCACAAAAGGCACUGCGAUGACCUCCUAAACAACUGCUGGUAUGCUCCCUCAAAUCAUGGAGACACAUUUGGAAUUCGCCAUGAUGAAAUAUACUUCCACGAGAACAUCAUCCCUUCACAACCUGUGACGUCAUAUGCAGUGCUUAUCCGAGGGAGCCCAAAGCAUCCUGGGACAUCCGUAGAUGGGGGCAUUGGCGAGGACAUCAGUUCACACGCAGUUUCUAUGCAAGAUUGCGGAGACAUUAUGAUUGAACGAGCUAGUUCUCUAAUAGACGGACUCAUGAAAGCCAGAGAUUUGUAUAGAAGCACUGAAUUUACCCAACAUGACGAGAUUCAUAGAGAUCUGAAAUCAUAGACCCCUGCUGAUGUUCGCCUAUUCAAUAGGCGAACAUCAGCAGGGGAGCUCUGUAGAAGUAAUCAACUUUUUACGGCUCAUUUGCUUGGAGGUGACAAAUUCUCAUAUCAACGGAAUUCCUGUAGUCAACAAGAUUUCGGUUCAACAAAAAACUCAACUACAAAUUAGCCGCAUUGGAAGUCUUUCUUCCGAACCGGAAUGCAUUUGCCUCUGUAGUGGCUUCUCUUAAAAUUUAUUGUACUUCGAGAAGAGUGAUUUUACGCACUUCUUACUGGGGAAUUUUCCAUUGUAUAUUUUGUUUACUUGUAUUUAUUAAACACUAGGCGCCAAUUAUUUAACUGGUAUAUUACAAAAUCGCGUCAUAAUUAAGCCCUUUUCUGUUUAACCAACGCUUUUAUCAAACCUCAUUUAUCGUGAAUAAUUUCAAUACAGCAUAUAAGGCAGACUGGAAAACUAAAGCACUUAUUUUCUUAAACUAACCCACCAAGAAAGAGGCCUGGAGGUUCAAUGAUUUCUGAAACCGCGGCCUAAGGUAACACGUAAUGGUUUGAAAGUAAUGUCACUCUAUUUUCUUUUUGCCUCUCUCGCAAGUGAAAGUGAGAGUUCACAGAGACUGUGCGGUUUUCUCGAGUGCGUCUUAGAAGCUGCCUUAACGGAAAGGUUACUACACUACCUGAAUUAAAACAUCGAGGAAAUUGUUAAUUUAAAGCCGCGGAGUAUUUUCCCCAACAAUGAAUAAUAUUACCUCUAACUUUCUGCGAUAACACUGCAAAAUAUUUCAGAUUAUUUUUCAACCGAAUAGGCUGCGAAUUUAAUGCGAUGAUCAUGGUCACUUUCAUACCUUCAUCCGCAUUUCAAAUAUUUCAAUUCAUGCUUACAAGAACUCCCUAAUUUUAUGUCUGAACGCAAGGCUUUUUUAAUGGAAACUUCAUUCAAGGGCAGAACUAACACUAAGCGCUAAACGGAAACUGCCUUAUGAAAAAACUUUUAAAAUUGACGCGCUGUUUUAAAGGCCUCACUGGAUCUGGAUGGGGUUAAAUACAAACAUAAGCGAAACACUAAAUAAAAUUCUCACGGAGCCACAGCCUAAAAAGGCUAAGCUGCUCUGUUGAAUCAGGAAGGCCAAACUUUUUGUCUUAAUGUUGGUCAGAGAUUCAAACAAUAUCUAAAAGAGAGUUUUUAGUUCCCUCUGAGACACCCGGAGAAUAAAAUUCUCACAGAGCCACAGCCUAAAAAGGCUAAGCUGCUCUGUUGAAUCAAGAAGGCCAAACUUUUUUUCUUAAUGCUGGACAGAGAUUAAAACAAUAUCUAAAAGCGAGUUUUUGGUUCCCUCUGAGACACCCGGAGAAUAAAAUUCUCACAGAGCCACAGCCUAAAAAGGCUAAGCUGCUCUGUUGCAUCAGGAAGGCCAAACUUUUUUUCUUAAUGCUGGACAGAGAUUCAAACAAUAUCUAAAAGCGAGUUUUUAGUUCCCUCUGAGACACCCGGAGAAUAAAAUUCUCACAGAGCCACAGCCUAAAAAGGCUAAGCUGCUCUGUUGCAUCAGGAAGGCCAAACUUUUUUUCUUAAUGCUGGACAGAGAUUAAAACAAUAUCUAAAAGAGAGUUUUUGGUUCCCUCUGAGUCACCCGGAGAAUAAAAUUCUCACAGAGCCACAGCCUAAAAAGGCUAAGCUGCCCUGUUGCAUCAGGAAGGCCAAACUUUUUUCCUUAAUGCUGGACAGAGAUUCAAACAAUAUCUAAAAGCGAGUUUUUAGUUCCCUCUGAGACACCCGGAGAAUAAAAUUCUCACAGAGCCACAGCCUAAAAAGGCUAAGCUGCUCUGUUGCAUCAGGAAGGCCAAACUUUUUUUCUUAAUGCUGGACAGAGAUUCAAACAAGAUCUAAAAGCGAGUUUUUAGUUCCCUCUGAGACACCCGGAGAAUAAAAUUCUCACAGAGCCACAGCCUAAAAAGGCUAAGCUGCUCUGUUGCAUCAGGAAGGCCAAACUCAUGCAAACUGUUUUACUUAAUGUGGGGCAUGCACUAUCAUCUUCACAGAUCUAAUCAGUGCAAAAUUAAAUAAAGCUUUAAUCUGUAAAUCAAUUUUUGGUUUAUGAAAUUUUACUCACUUUUACCGACAGUUGAUAGCCACUUGCUUUGGCAAAAUAAAUUUUCCUGUUUUCUUAAAAGGGAUUCGAUAAAAUUGAAAAUAUCCACUACGAUCCACACUUAAAAACUGAACUCUGACUCGUUUGCGAUCAGGCUUAAGAAAUAGUGAUCUCCAUCAACAUUCUCCAUGAACAUUACACUUUCACAUCAUUAGCAGUUAUAGAGAAUUUAUGAAAUGAUCGAGUGAUCAGUGUCGCCCUUAAAACGUUUUUGCGCCAAAAUGAUAAUAGGUAUCCAUUUGAAGAUGAUACAAAGGAACCCAAAAUAGACUUACCAAGUUUCGGCCGAUGUUUAGAAAAUUGAAAAGGGCUGGAGAGCAUCACCAUUCAGGCUAAAUCCAGUCAGCGACCCUUAAUAAAAAUCAUUUAAGCUUACAUAAUCAACAACGACGUGAAUUCCCGAGUUUCUGACUUGACGGUCAUCUGCCACAGUCAGGAAAUCGUACGAUAUUCCUUCUCGAAUGAAUCCCUCAUUUUAAUUUCCCCAAUUCAUUAAUCCACGACCAAGUACCUUUUCGAGAUCUUCUCCGCACGACGAAACGCUUUCUCUGACUUCUCUGACCGCUCCCGCUAUAUUUUCUAGUAGCUGCAAUUUAGUCCUUCUUUGAUCGCUUUAAACCCGCUUUCGUCUGCAUUUCAUCGACGCAAGUUAAAGGUUCGUGCUAAGGUUGAAACGACAACAACAUGAUCUUUCCUCUUUGAAAAACCAAACCUUGAUGGGUUGACUCGAGCGCCAGUACUAUCUGUACUAUCGACCAAAUCAUAAAUAACUAUAAAGAAUCGGCCCUGCUACUUCCAAACAUCAUCUCUACAAAAAAAGCAUAAAAUUUUGACUUGCCAUGAAUUCUAUCUGUCGGUAAAACCAUUUGGUCACUGAUACUGCGUACGAGAUUACCUUUGUUUGGCAAGCGAGGGUCCAAAGACUGAAGAUGCUUUUCCCGACGAACGCGCCACUUUCAUGACGGCUUUGAAAUUCGCGCGAGAUCGCAUUGUGAUACAAAAUAAUAGUAUCUGUCUUUCUUCUCAGCUCGUCUUCCAUGUGACGCAAAGUACACAAGUCAUGACAGAUUAGUGGCUAUUAAUUGAAUCCUAAUUAGGUUUUUACAAGGACACCGGAAAUUGAAACUUCCUCCCUGUGGUGAAUUUCAAAGUCGUAUGAAUCUCGUCAUGUGUGAUGAAAACAACAGCACUGUCGAUGCAGUGGUAUAACUAUGUCUUUUCCUGUUCUAUGCAAUUCUUCCCAGGAUCCAUUGAGCGCUACAAAGCUCCUGAAAUCCAUUCGAGACACAUUAUUGUAAUGAUACGAGGUAACAUAUAUAAACUGGAUUUGAUUCGCAACGACGACGAAGGACGAGAAGAGAUUAUCACAAAAAGCCAGCUGAAAGUAAGUUGAUAAACGUUUGAAAUUUUGCUCUACAGUUAGUUUUAAAAAUACCCACUACCAAAAGUACAGAUAGAAUAUUUCAAGUUUAACAACCGAAAAUAAUUACUCUUUUAUUAAGCUGCCUGGGCUUUAAUAGCUAAUUGAAAAGAUGAACAAAAAUGUAAAAAACUGAGGUCAAUUUAGAGUAAUCUCUCCCCAGUUUCCAAUGGGUGUGUAAAUUGACACUCAAUUCAGGAGGAUGAGUUCAUAUCAUUCAUAAUGAUGGUUCUUCUUUUCUUUUCUUCUUUUUUUUAACCUUGCUUUUUCAAGACGUUGAAAGAGAUAUAUUUCGAAAAACUGGAGAGUCUUCGGGCCGACCUGCACCUACUACAAACAAGGUUUUUGAUUGGCUGGGUAAACGAUAGCGAUGGUGACAUAACAAUGCCCAUAUCCCUGAAAACAAUAGGUAAUGCAGGUUAUAGGGACCAAUGAAAUAAGAGGUUUGGAUCCGUGCAGGUCAAUCGAAAGCGUGUCUUUAAGAAGUUUCUGUAGCAACCAGAGAAAGCAAAAAACAUCGAGCAAAUGUGGUUGACAAUUACUUCCUUUCUUUACGUGCGCGCUUGCUUUAACACACUUUUUUUAUUUGGUUUCAGAAGAAAUUCGAAACCAUCGUAGAAAUGGACGCGUCAAGAGAACAAUCGACUCCAACAGCUUUUCUCACAAGCCUGACUCCAUCUGAGAGAUGUCAAGAAGAACAGCGCCUCAAGUGCCUCAGUCAACGAAAUGUUGAUAAUCUUUCACUGCUCCGUGACGCUCUUUUCGUUGUGGCGCUCGACCCUGACACUUCUCCACGAGAAGCUAACGAAGCCAUGUUCGAACUACAUUCGGGAAACUUCGUAAACCGUUGGUAUGACAAAAGCGUGCAGCUGGUUGUGUUUGGUAAUGGUGUGGCGGGAUUUGUCAAUAACUAUUUGGCUGGAAUGACUGGUACGGUAGGGACGAACUUUGUACGAAUUGCAGUGAAAAAUGAAAGACUUGCUGGAGAAGAAACUGAAGACGGUGGGUUACGUUGUGACAUAAUUUUUACUCAAACUUGUUCUGCUCCCUUGAAGUUCAGUACUUAGAGUUUUUGUCACAUUACUUUUGUCUUUAUUUCAGUAUUAAGAAAUAGACAAGCGAAAGGGUACUACCUUAAAAAUCCAAGAAUACAAAUUGUGUUUAACUUGAUAUUGGACAAUCUUGUUAUGAUCAAUUGACAGCUGUCAAGAUAGGGUACCCGCUAACCAUGUGUGCAACCCAUUGAGAUGACGUGUUUUUUAAAGUUGUCCGCUGAACAGUUAAGGUAUUCAAGUGAUCGCACGCUCAGAAACUUUACUUUGGAAAGACAGUUCCCAAAAGUACCCACGAGGGCUAUUGGCCUUGGCUAAGUGUAUAUAUUAAAGUUAGACAUAAUUUCGCUGAGUACGCAGGGGAUACCUGAUAAUGAAUUAAGUGGCAUAAAAGUUUUGCAAGUGACGCACGUGUAUCUUUAGCUUGUCCUGUUGAGACUAUGGAGCUCAAAUCCAGAGUUAUUUGGGAGCCAAGGCGGCUGAAGCUUGCUAAGAUUGAAGAAAUGUUAAAGCAAGUAGUUGGUAAAUGCACAGAGUUUUUUUGCAAAUAAUCUUUUAGGUAUGUUGCAGUUUCAGCACAAAUUGGGUGGUAAAUUUUUAGCUUAAAAGAAAUGGUGGAAAACUGGAAGUUCCGUGAGUGUAGGACCGAUACCAAAUAUUUGAAACUGGCAUAAACAAAGUUUCGCUCGGUUUCAGAAUAUCUCGUAUUUUGGAGCUGAGUUUGUCAUUCACAAUCUUUUUUGUCUUAUCAGGAGGAUAUGAGGACUUCAAGAUCUGGCCAGAAGCAAGUCCUAUAAUCUGGGACGAUACAAAUGAAGAAUAUUUCAAACAUAAGACAGCAGAGUUCAUCAAGGAAAGUCGAACAUCAGGUCCGUUUAAACAGAUGUCUCAAGACGUAUUCAGAAUAUGCGCUGGUUUCAGUUUUGAGUCCAGGUGUAAAGGUCAUUGUGUGACCCCAGGGGGAGCCUUUCAAGCUGGAAUGCAACUUGCGCUCGCUAAGAUCUCUGGGAGAUGUAUGAGUGUUAACGAAGUCGUUAGUAUAAGGUAAGACAAGUUUCUGUUCAUCUUUUCAAGGAGAGUGCUAAUCUCUCCCUACAACGAGAGGUUCUGUUUGAUGCGUAAUUAAAGAUUUGUGGUUGAAACUCAUCCCCGUAGUCUCGUUUUGUGGAGAAAUUUUUUAAAUAAUAAAGAAUUCAUCUUUUAUUCAAAAUGUAAGAUGACUGGACAGUGAUAAAUUUAGGUGUCGUGAAGGAUGGCUUUCGCAAGAGAAAGUUUGAAAAAAGGAUGGUCUGAAAUAUACAACGAUAUAAGCCCAGUUUCUUGACAGAUAUCCAGUUAUGUGUCAGGUGGUUGUUUACCCGAGUUUGAAACUAUGAGAAACUAUGAUCGCUUACUACUUGCGGUCGCUUAUGACGGCAGAUUCCUGUUGUAAAGGACCGUUGGUUUUGGAUGGAUGCCCGCUUACUGGAGUUGAUCGCAUCCCAGAAGGAUACUCCCAUAAAUUUCUUAAAACCUGAGUCUAUUUUAGGAUGAGAAACUAAAAUUGAUACCCUUUUUAAGGAUGACACCAUAUUCAAGAGAGAAGCAAAAAAUAACACACAAACCUUUCUUAAAUCGCUUUCCUUAUACUCUAAGGAAUAGAUCAGUUUUAAGAAAUAAUUUGUUUCUCGUGUUGCUAGGAAUUUACGCUCUUGAGUUUUACGUAUCCUAUCUAAGGAUCACACCGGGACCAAAAUGCAUGCGAUAAGGGCAAAAAUGGUACCUUAUUUAAGGUUCGAGACCCUUAAAAACCAUACUCUGUAUACUUUGCUCUCAUAUAUGGGAGUGCCCCCCCCCGCCCCGGGUCACUUACUAGAGUUGGUCGCAGUUUUGACUGUGCUCAGUGAAUCAGGAAUUGCUAUUGUUUACUAUGUUCAACAGCGAGUUUGAAGGUUGGAACCUGUUGGGACUACCCCACGAUACAAUCUUUACCCCCCCUUUUCACAAAUGUGUGGUUUCCAAUCUCCGUUAUUGAGCGUAAUUUAUCUUUAGCAGCGCAUAUGUUGUUUACCUCACUUAUGUACUAGGCAUUUCCGGUUUCAUUAUUUUUUAUGUACUAAGCAUUUCCGGUUUCCUUACGUUUUAUGUACUAGGCAUUUCCGGUUUGGUGGAAUGACAUUCAUGGACAGUAGUAUGGCGGACAUGAAAAAAUUCAUCGAAAAAGCCCGCCAAACAGAAGGGAGCUUGCAAACCAUGACAAAACAGGAACGUGUGUUGCUUAAAUCUCUUCUGAAGAAAGCUAUUGAAAGUUACAAAGAUGAGGUCUUGCGUUACAAGAAAGGCCAAAUGAACCUCUGGCAUCUUGACGCUCUUUACAGAAACUUGGGACUGCCAAACCGCCUUCCGUUUAGGAAUGCUCCACAACUACGGAUCAAGAGAAGGUUUAAGCAAGCUGUUGCAGAUUUACUCAGAUCACCGCUGCUCAACAUACUGCCACCUCAAGUUGCUGAAAACGUGACCUCCAAUCCAUGUUGGUAUCCUGAGAUCGAGGCUAUUGGAAGGCCUGGGGUCAAGUGUAUUCUGCCAGAUGGAUCAAUGGCAUUGCAUUAUAUGUUUGGGAGAAAUGCGAUAUCAAUCACUUUGAAUGCAAAUUCUAAGCACCCUUGUUAUAGAUAUGAAGAGGAGUUUGUCAAAGAACUCGAACAGUCAUUGUUGUUUGUCAAAGACUUGCUUGAUGCUGAAUAA